AUGGACAUCGACAAAUCCGCCGCCCCACCUCGACCACGCCCUCGGAAAACAGUCAAGAGAUGUCUCUGCAUAUCAUGUAUCCUCUUCGCUAUUGGUGUAGGGAUCUUCAUUGGUGUCACUGUAUUCUCAGCUGCUAGAACUACUAUAUCAUGGUUCAAAGAUCCUCAUAAAGCUCUCGUAUAUAAUGGGACUAUCACACCUAACUUAUCAAGCACGCAGGUAGUCAGACCGUUAAUAGAUUCAGAAACGAAAUUUGACAUUCUACUUACGGUAUAUGGUAGAAUACCCAAUGAUGAGGUAGAAGAUGAGAAGCAGAGAAAGGAAUAUCAAGAUCAGAUUGAUAAAGAUACCGAAACGGAUACGGAGACUUACACGGGGAACGAAUUGGCUCUAUCAGCGAAAGUGGGUAGAUCACCUGUUGAGAUUAGGUAUCUCCCUCAAGAGAGGGUGAUCUAUCAGGAUGUAGUAUUUAGAGGGUUGACAUUGGAGGAUAAGGAUCUGGAGAAAACGGUGAAAUUCGACUUACCAUUGAAGAGGUUCUACGACCACUUCCUGUACACACCAGACGUACGGGCUGCUAUUGCAUUAUUGCCACAACGACCCAAUAAAUUAGACAGAUUAGAUAAUUUCACGAGUUGGAAACCUGAAGAAGCAGAAUUCCCUAUACGAAUAGAUGACAACUUCAUAGCGACUUCAUCUCUCUACCCUCAUACCGAGGAAUACGCCAUCCAAUGGAAAGCUCUCGAACAGAUGACUUACGCUUUCCCACUUAUCGAAUCCUCAAACCACGGUGAUCCUUGCAACUCAACCAAAGCUGAUUCAGAUGACGAUGGGUUCGAGGAAGAUGACUUGUACGCGAGCAUCAUAGAUGAAGUGGAUGGUACUCCAGACAAAUCAAAGGUUGAAGAGGAGACUCAGGAGAAGGAUGUGGUGAAGAAUGUGAAAAAGCAGAAAUCAUGGAUGCAUCCUCAUAUAGUUACUAGAUCCCAUGUAUAUAUUAUGAAGGAGACGAGGAUGUUCGAUCGAAAGGCUUACGAUAAAGCUCACAAGGAGUUGCGUAAGAACGCUUGCGGUAAAGGUUCAUCGGGUCAUCACGUCUCGAGAUUCCUUUGUUCUAGGACAUAUUUAUCAAAUGGUUAUUGGGAGAAUCGAUUUGUUCUGAACCCAUCAGAAGGCCAGAAGAAUAAAGAGCUGGCUUAUGGACCAUAUAUCGAUGCCAUUUUCCAUGCUGCGGGACCUAAGGAUGUUCACGCCCUACCGGUGACUCGACAUAACUGUUCCGCCUCUCACAAUGGUACGAAUACAUCAGAACCAACCCUCGAUCCAGAAUAUUUCCCAGUCAACUACACCAUCCGGUUCUCUUCCCUCACUCCAGCAAGAGUAGGCUUGUUGAAUCAUUUCGUCCAACCUCACCGAGUCUCACACAACGCUAGUGAAUUCGAGAUUGCCCAUUCUCAUAACGAGUGGGAACAGGCCAGUGGGGUAUUUGGAGCUAAAAAAGAAGGUACUCACCCAAUUCGACGUCUGAUCAUCACCACUCUAAGAACUUUAGUGGCUUUCCCCAUCUUGGUCUUAAAUUCUAUUUAUUGGUAUACCCGAACGACUACAGUGGGGAUCAACCACCCCGCAACCUACAUCUCUUCCGGAGGGAUGAUCAUCAACGCGUUGGUAUCUCUCGGACAGGGAUUCAAGGAGAUUGACGGAUGGUCAGAUGGAGUAUUACUGGUGUUGUUGAGUAUAUUGGAAUUUAUUCCUGCGAUUUUGCAACUCAAGGUAACUCUUCCGAUCGAAUUGGUAAGGAACGGUUGGUGGAAAUUUGAUUUGAAGAGAUGGAGGUGGAGCCAUAAUGAGCGGAAUAGUAUCAGGAGAGGCACAGGUAUAGAUCCGAAGAUAUGGAUAGGAAUCUUCAUAUCUCUUUUCUCGAUUAUCUAUUUCCCAAACAAAUACUCACUCGCAAUCCUCCAUCCAUCCAUCCUCCCUCCUCCACCUAUCCCUUCUGAAUCGUCAUCAGCAAUAACAGCAAUCCACGAAUCCCCCAUAUUCGCAGCCUUAUCACGCUCAUUCGAAAUUUUCGCAUUGAUCUUACAAAUAUCUCAUAACGCUUACAACUCGACUUUCGCGGGUAAUUACAAAUUAACUACAUAUAUGAUUAUGGGAUAUAGAGUUUCAGAACUGGUAUAUUUCGUACCGUUCAUUGUGGGGACGUACGACUUGAGGAUGGGUAUCGCUUAUAUCACUGUCAUUGAGGUAUUGAUAGAAGGAGUGCUGGUUUGGCAAGCUUGGAAAUUACCUAAGGUUGAUCAGAAACUUGAAGAAGAUCAGAAUCAAGUUGGCAAUUGA